AUGACUUUUCUUCAGAGACUUUCCCCUGCUCAAAGGAUCUCGCCCAUUUCCUCAGUCCUGUUUCUUCCAUCCCGCCACCACUUAUCAGCCACUCCGCAAGCAUUCCAUGAGGAAUUCUUUCGAAAUACAUCUCAAAGAUGGAUAUUCAACGAGAACGACCGCUUAAAGGAACGAUAUGCCAGGUUUCGACCCGCAGAGCUCCAACGCGUUGCCGGCGAAGCAAUACAACAAGACUGCUGCCCUGGCAUUGUUAAGCUUGCUGAAGGAGGGUUUAAUAAAGUGUUUUUGUUACAAGCUAGGAAUGGCCGUGAAGUCAUCGCGCGAAUCCCCACUCCUAUUGCUGGCACCCCCCAUUACACAACCGCCAGCGAGGUGGCUACAAUGAACUUUCUGCGCGGUGUCCUCAAACUCCCGGUACCAGAGGUCUUGGCCUAUUCAACAUCGUCAGACAAUCCUGUUGGAGCAGAGUACAUUCUGAUGGAGCGGGUGGAGGGCGAGAGUCUUUCUUCCCGGUGGUUGUCUCUCACAACCGAUGAAGUGAAAGAUAUCAUGACACAAAUCGCAGAUAUCGAGAGGAAGAUCUUUGAAUUUUCUUUCCCUGCGUAUGGAAGCCUUUACUACAAGAAAGACCUUGAUAGGGAAACCCAGAUCCCAAUUACAGAAGAUUUCUGUAUCGGCCCUGUGUCUGCCCGACAGUUUUCGCAUGGUGAACGGAGCAAAACAAAAAUCGACCGUGGACCAUGGCUUUCACCCGAGGACUGUGUAACGGCCGCAGCUCGUCGAGAGAUGGCUGUUAUCCAGCAUCACGCGAAACCUCAGCCUCGCAAGAGAUUCCUUUUACCAACUGCCUUUGAUAUCCAUCCUUCUGAACAUUCUUCACUCCUCUCGCAAUUCCUGCAACUUGCGCCUUUUUUGAUCCCUGGUUCCCAUAGCGUUCCCACGCUGAGACACCCUGACUUGAGUUUAAGCAACAUUUUACUGGCUCCUGGGUCCACGAAAAUCACCAGUAUCAUCGACUGGCAGGAUGCUGUUGUGUUCCCCCAGUUCAUGCAAGCAGGGUACCCUGCGUUCUGCGAGCAUGACUCCUCACAGCCCCAGAGCCUGCAGAUUCCGUCUCUCCCUGAUGGUUUCGAUGAGAUGCCCCCCGAUCAACAGAGACACUCGAAGUCUAUCUUUCGGUUAGAAGAGGCCAACCUCUACUAUACAGCAGCGACAGGCAUACACAAUGAGAAACACAUGGACGUGUUGAAACUUCCUUAUUUUGGAAUGCGGCAGUAUCUUCUCCAGCAAACAGGAUAUCCCUGGGAUGCAGAUGUUAUUAAUCUACGUGCUGCAAUGGUUGGCAUCACAACCCCAUCAGUAUGGAGCUGCAUCUCCUCGGCAGUUUGUCCAGUAGCGUUCAGCGAUGAAGACCGAGAGAGAGCUAUAGCGGAAUCACAGGAAUGGAAUGAGUCUGAACAGCUAUUGUCUCGGGUGAGAGAACAUCUCGGUAUCGACCUAGAGGGGGGGACUGAGCCGGAGAACUUCGAGAGAGCAGUGACGGCAAACCAGGAGUUUCGCAUGGAAAUGGUUCGGCAAGCAGAAGCCGAAGAACGGGAGAUAUGCUGGCGUAAUUGGCCCUAUAAGGAUGAGGGGGACAACAGCAUGCCUCUAUUAUAA